UUCAGGUUCCUCAGCCAACCCCAGGUAAGUCACAAAAAAAGGUAAGCAAACUCUCCGGACUCGGCCGAUCCCCCUCCUUGGAUGCUCGACUCGACUUCUUAAUCGGGAAUUGGCUCCUACCCCUCGCUGUCGACUCGACUCCUCGCAGCUGCUGAACGCCUACCGUUGUUUUCUCGUCCUCUCUUCCCCGGCAACAAAGCCAUCGCCGUGCAGACCUCCUUUAUCGCCGGUACCCCGCGUCCUGGUGGCUCGACAACACCUUGGACACGUUCCAUCUCGAUAUCCCCGGUCAACGGUAGCACCUGUGCGUGGAAAGAAGGAAAGGCGAGGUUUUCUGAUCAUGGAGAACUAUCAGAAGAUCGAGAAGAUCGGGGAGGGAACCUAUGGUGUUGUUUACAAAGCCCGUGAGCUCACCCAUCCCAACCGGAUUGUCGCUCUGAAGAAGAUUCGUUUGGAGGCGGAGGAUGAAGGUGUUCCGAGUACCGCCAUCCGCGAGAUCUCCCUGCUGAAGGAGAUGAGCGAUCCCAACAUUGUCCGGCUGCUCAACAUCGUUCACGCCGACGGCCACAAGUUGUAUCUCGUCUUCGAAUUCCUCGAUCUCGACCUCAAGAAAUACAUGGAGGCUCUUCCUGUGAGCGAAGGUGGGCGUGGAAAGGCCCUGCCGGAGGGGUCGAAUCUGAGCAAGAACAUGGGUCUGGGAGAUGCCAUGGUGAAGAAGUUCAUGGCCCAGCUGGUUGAGGGCAUUCGUUAUUGCCACAGCCACCGUAUCCUGCACCGUGAUCUGAAGCCCCAGAACCUUCUGAUCGACCGGGACGGUAACCUUAAGCUGGCGGAUUUUGGUUUGGCACGCGCUUUCGGUGUUCCCCUUCGGACCUACACCCACGAGGUUGUUACCCUGUGGUACCGCUCCCCUGAGAUUCUCUUGGGUGGCCGUCAGUACUCUACCGGCGUCGACAUGUGGUCUUGUGGAGCCAUCUUUGCGGAGAUGUGCACACGCAAGCCGCUCUUCCCCGGUGACUCCGAGAUUGAUGAGAUCUUCAAGAUUUUCCGUCUCCUCGGUACCCCCGAUGAAGCCGCUUGGCCCGGCGUCACCUCCUUCCCCGAUUACAAGGCGACAUUCCCCAGAUGGAAGCGCGACGAAACCCGUGCGCUCGUCCCGGAUCUCGAGGAAGAUGGACUGGACCUCCUGGAUGCCCUCCUCGAAUAUGACCCCGCACGCCGGCUCUCCGCCAAACAGGCGUGCAUGCAUCCUUACUUCCAGAACGGCAGUGCCUUCUACUCGGGACGUACCCGCCGGAAUGGAGCCCACUAGCCGCGAUACUGCACAUUAUCUUUCGACUGCUGUAUGUAUGCGGGUGGACAGACAGGGCAGACAUUGGUGCAUGGUGUCCGGUCAUCCAACCACAAUGAUACCGGCUCAGUGUCCGCCCUCGGCUCUCCCAGUAUCCCCAUGUUUCUAUGAUGCCCCAAUUCUUUCCUUUGUUCGUGUUUAUCUUUUUCUAUGGCGUUGAUUGCGGAGUGCUCUGGCAGGAAGAAUAGGGUACUGGAUACUAUAAGGAGUGUUUUGACUUAUGCGUACAUACCCAUAAAUGAGUAAAUGCACCAAACAACGACAAC